AUGUUUUCAAAAAUCAUUGUUGUCUUUGCCAUUUUCGGUGCUGCUCUCUGUUUUGCUCCCGAUCGCUUAGCCGUUGAACAAGCCAAUGUUUUCGAAAAUGCUUUCGAUGAUGCUUAUCGACGUGAAGGAGUUAAAGGAAUUGCAGUUUAUUUCACUGAAGAUUUCAAAUCAUUCAACAUUGAUGGAAAUGAGAGGAACAAAAGUAUGAACUUGACCCUAGUUCCCUAAAUCUAAAUUAUUUUAAAUUUCAGCUCAAUAUCUGGAAUACUUGUUAAAUGUCGAUGUUCAAGAUAUCUUCUUCCAUCCUUCGAUUCAAGCUACAUUCGAUUUGCACACCAAAAAUCUUCUUAUCAGUUAUCACUAUGGAGAAGUCUUGUAUGUCUUCACUUUGAAACCAAAUCGUGCACUCAAAGGAGGUUAUCAAAUCAAGAAAAUUGCACCAGCUUAUUAA